AGCCGCAUCGAAGCAGGGAAGGAGAGCGCAGUGCCGGCAGCAGAACCCGAAGUAGUUCGUCUCAACACGUAGCGAUUUUCUUCGGUUCUCGUUUCACCUCCCAGAGACUUUAACACCACAGCUGCCGAAAUGACCGUCUUACCGAACGAGCCGCACUUCAGCGCCUACCAAUGGGGCAGCGGAGGCGGCAUGGGCGGCAACAUCACCGUCGUCGACAAGGUGCUGCCGGAAAUGAUGCAUAUGGUGGACGCCUACUGGUACCAGUUCCCUCCCAUGAACCCGCUCUGGCACGGCCUCCUGGGCUUCGUCAUCGGCGUGCUGGGAGUGAUCUCGGUGCUGGGCAACGGCAUGGUCGUCUACAUCUUCUGCUCCACCAAGGGCCUGCGCACGCCCUCCAACCUGCUCGUAGUCAACUUGGCCUUCUCAGACUUCCUCAUGAUGUUGGCCAUGUCACCUGCUAUGGUCAUCAACUGCUACUACGAGACCUGGGUGCUGGGAGGCAACUUGCUUACGUCCUUUCCAAAAAGCAGCAGUGACGCCUUGCGCCUGACCGUGCUUCGGCGUUGUGUGUCCGCAGGGCCACUGAUGUGUGAGCUCUACGGCAUGGCAGGGUCCCUCUUCGGUUGCGGCUCCAUCUGGACCAUGACCAUGAUCGCCCUCGAUAGGUACAACGUCAUCGUCAAGGGGCUGUCGGCGAAGCCGAUGACCAACAAGACGGCUGCCCUGCGCAUCUUGUUCGUGUGGGUCACCUCCAUCGCAUGGACCAUCAUGCCCUUCUUCGGCUGGAACCGCUACGUGCCCGAGGGCAACAUGACGGCCUGCGGCACGGACUACCUGACCAAGACGUGGCAGAGCCGCUCCUACAUCCUCGUCUACUCCUUCUUCGUCUACUUCGCGCCUCUCUUCACCAUCAUCUACUCGUACUUCUUCAUCGUGCAGGCCGUCGCCGCCCACGAAAAGGCCAUGCGCGAGCAAGCCAAGAAGAUGAACGUGGCGUCCUUGCGAUCGGCCGACAACGCCAACACCAGCGCCGAGUGCAAGCUGGCCAAGGUGGCUCUCAUGACCAUCUCUCUGUGGUUCUUCGCGUGGACCCCCUACCUGGUGAUCAACUACACUGGCAUCUUCGACGGCGCUAAGAUCAGCCCUCUGGCCACCAUCUGGAGCUCGCUGUUUGCCAAGGCCAACGCCGUCUACAACCCCAUUGUCUACGGCAUCAGAAAAUCAAUUUUGAAGACCAUCUAUAAAGCUCAGUUGAAAAAUUUGGCUGCGCAAGCGCCCGCCAUAUGCAUGUCCUUCACCCCCACUUCCGUUGGUGUCCUCAGCCACCCCAAGUACCGCGCGGCGCUGCAAAAGAAGUUCCCGAGCCUGGCGUGCGCCAACGCCGAGGACGACACCAGCUCCGUGGCGUCGGGGGCCACCACCUGCACCGAAGAGAAGCCUUCGGCGUAA